UUGUCUUUGCAUCUCCAUCGGUGUGUGUGUGUGUGUUUGCGCACGCGUGGUGUAUGAGUAUUGUGUAUGUGAGAGUGGGUGUAUGAGCAUCCAUGCGGUCCUGCUCGUUCUCCUCAUGUGGCAGCCAAGACGAGGGGCGAAUCAUCCCCAAUCACAAGCGUACCGUCAGAGAGGAGCGAAAGAACAGCGGUGGGAUGGCGGUGAACGUGUACUCAACUUCGAUGACCAUCGAGAACCUCAGCAGACAUGACAUGCUUGCUUGGGUCAAUGACUCCCUGCAGCUCACAUACACAAAGGUAGAGCAGCUGUGUACAGGUGUGGCAUACUGCCAGUUCAUGGACAUGCUGUUUCCCGGAAGCGUCCUGCUGAAGAAGGUGAAGUUUCAGGCCCGUCUAGAGCACGAGUUCAUCCACAACUUCAAGGUGCUACAGGCCGCUUUCAAACGCAUGGGCGUGGACAAGAUCAUUCCGGUGGAGAAGCUUGUCAAGGGCAGGUUCCAGGACAACUUUGAGUUUGUUCAGUGGUACAAGAAGUUAUUCGACGCCAACUACAACGGUAAAGAGUACGACCCGCAAACGGCCCGCCAGGGCAUGGAGGUGUCCCCGGCCCCUAAUCCAGGUGAACUAAUUUUCCACAAACCCAAGAAACCCCCUGCUGCCCCAGGACCCCAGCGGACGUCCCCCACAGUGCCCAAAAAUAUGCCCCCCCCACAGAGGGCCUUAAACAGCACCCCCGCCAUUGGCAUGAGGAAACACGCACCCCUCAUGCGCAAUGGAGGCAGUGACGCCGAGAUCAUGGAGCUCAAUCAGCAGCUGAUGGACCUGAAGCUGACAGUAGACGGCCUGGAGAGGGAGCGGGAUUUCUACUUUGGCAAGCUGCGGGACAUCGAGCUCAUCUGCCAGGAGCACGAGGGCGAGCACAGCACCACCCUCACCAAGAUCAUGGACAUUCUCUACGCCACAGAGGAUGGCUUCGCCCCCCCUGAGGAUGAGCUUGUGGAAGGGCAGCCACAGCCACAGGAACAGGACGAAUACUAAAGCACUCCCUCCCAACCCAACACCCUCCCUCCCUCCCAACCCAACACUCCAUCUCUUUUGCUUUUUUCCUAUCUUCCCCAACCUUCACCACCACCAUUACUUUUAUGUUAUCAUUUAUCCUUCCCUGUCUGAUUUCAGUCUUUUAAUUGUUAUUGAUAGUUUCCCCCUCCUAUCCUCAUAAUUGUUCCCUUAGUCAUUUUGUCCCAUCCCCAUUCAACACAAACACAAACACACACAAGCUAAAGGAACUGGCAGCACUGGCAGCAGGGUUGUGUAUGUGUGCAUGCACGUGUGUGUCUGUGAGUGUGCAUGAUAUGUGUCUGUGUGUGUGUGUGUGUGUGUGUGUGUGUGUGUGUGUGUGUGUGUGUAUGUAUAUGCGUGUGCGUGUGUGUGUGUGUGUGUGUGUGUGUGCGCUGGUCUGAGGCUGACCCUGCUGAAGUCCCUCAGCCAGCCCGCUUCAGCAUCCACAACAACAACACCCCCCCCCCCCCCACACACACACACACACACACACACACACACCACUGCUGGCUGCACACACCCCACUGCUUUUAACUUCUUACUCUCUGUCACUGCACUGCACUGCUACUGUGUUCAAUGACUCAUGAAUGGGUGAUGGGUGAGAUUUUUUGAUUGUUUGUUGACUUGUUAGCUGAGUUGUUUUAACAGCUUAUUUGUUGGAGCGCUUGUGCUAUCCCGUUGGUUCCUGUGGCUUUGGUUUGGGCUUGGGACGGCGCCCCGUGUGACGUGAAGUAAGGGAAACCUCUCGGCCCGUUGCAGUCUAGACGGCGGGCAGAGAGGUUCCAGCAACUCCCCACAGACCCGGACCCAUUUUUGUAAAUGUGUGUUUGGGGUAGGAAAAGUUGAGGUGGGGGGCGGCUGGGUUCCCUGUGGUGGGUUGGUUUGCAUAUAGCACUAGCGCAGAGAGAGCGGGCUUUGAGAAUGUGAAAUGUGUUUAUUUAUUUAUAUAAAGAGAGUUGCAGAGUGACCUCCGCUCACUAUUAAGAAAAAAUGUAAUGAGCUGUUGUACAAUUUGAAAUGAUAGCUAAAGCAAGAAGAGUUUUAAAUAAAAUGACUAUGUCAUUACUAAUGGAUUACUGAAAUUGUAAAAAAAAAAAAAAAAACAUUAUUUUUUUAGCUGCUAUACUUUGAGUUUUGUUCAGUUCAUGUUUUUGGAUUUGAGAUUUUGAUAUGUUGCACAGCAUGAAAUGCCACAUCGGGUGAUUGACAGGGGUCUGUGUCGACGAACAUCUAGAGCCCUACCCACCUCGGCGCUGACCCUAUGGCCGUGUAGCGCUCUGUGCAGAAUUCACGUCUGUUUGGAGUUUUAUUACAGAAAAUAAACAAGUGUGCGGACCGAAAAACCAA